AAGAUUCAUUCAUGAGUCGGACAGACGCCGCUACGGAGCAAGAGGGGCUCCACAGGGAGAAAUACAGUAGGAAUAUUAAUGGAAAGUGAACAGGUUGGCGUGUCCGCCCUGUAAGUUGAGGACUGUGCGACUGAAUUCGCCGUUAUUUCAUGGAGUUUCAAGUCCAGCGUGUGUGAUUGACGCAUCCGUACAGAUGCUGGCCGCUCCGGUCGCGCCGGGGGAAGGAGAGGUUUUGACAUCGUUAGAUUUGUUGUUAUUAUAAUCAGCUGACCGGUGCUGGAAUCGCUCCGUUUGCUGUUUUCUAGAAAGCGGCGACAGCGAUGAGCGCUUGUCAGGAUAAAACGUCUUUGAGUUGUUCGCAAAGCAGGGAAAAUGUCAGCGGCGGUGAAUGGGGAAGGAUGGAGGAUUCGUGUACGUCCUGCUUCGACGAACCCACGGGCGACGCGAUACACGCCGGGAUGGACGCGGUGCAGCCGGGCAUAGACGGACAUCUGCCGCUGCCCCGAGGCCAACGCCAACUGAUGCUAGGCCUGGUGGAAGAGGGUUUCGCCGGCUAUCAUGGCCGACUCGGUUCCGAUCCGGACUCAGAUUAUCUCGACAUCACCGGAGACCCCAACUACAGCGAAAGUGACGGGAACGUCGCCACGAAAAAGCGCAACCGCUCCAACAGCUCGCGGCACCGCGGGGAAGUUGUCACGGAGCUCGGACCCGAGGAGGUGCGCUGGUUCUACAAAGAGGACAAGAGGACCUGGAAACCGUUUGUCGGACACGAUUCUUUGAAAAUCGAGUUGGCUUAUCGCAAAUACUGCGAACUUAAUCCGAACGAGGUCAAACGGAGGGAUGCGGGUGAGGAAGCGGAGGAUUUAUUCGAGUCGCCAUCGGGAUGCGAAGCACCGGAGGUACGGAGACAGUCGGCGGCGCUGGCAGCGCAACCGGUAACCGAGAGCACGGAGCCUGGAUGCUCAACGGAAGAGACGGAGCUGGAUUCAGAAAGCAUCAACGUGGACGCAGUGUGCGUCCGUGGAGGACUCUACGAGGUGGACAUCAACAAGAAAGACUGUUAUCCUGUUUACUGGAACCAACAGGACCACAUCCCGGUCAUGAGAGGCCAGUGGUUCACGGACGGGACCUGGUUGCCACUGGAGGAAGAGGAGAGUGACCUCAUUGAACUGGAGUACCUGGCCCGUUUCCGAGGCCAGCAGAUGAAAGACACCUUUGACACGGAAGCGGUGGCCACAACGGUGGACAGCAAAGAUGCCAUUCACAGUAUGAAACUGAGCCGGAGCCACGUGGACUGGCACAGCGUGGAUGAAGUGUACCUUUACAGCGAUGCUACCACUUCAAAGAUCGCACGGACUGUUACUCAGAAACUGGGAUUCUCCAAAGCGUCCAGCAGCGGGACCCGUCUCCAUCGAGGUUAUGUAGAGGAGGCGGCUCCAGAGGACACGCCCCCUGAAACAACCCACAUAGUCUUUGUGGUACAUGGGAUUGGCCAGAAGAUGGAUCAGGGGCGUAUCAUUAGAAAUACAAGCAUGAUGCGUGAUGCUGCCCGCAAAAUGGAGGAGAAGCACUUUUCUGACCGAACAAAUGAACACGUUGAGUUUCUUCCUGUGGAAUGGAGAUCUAAACUCGCCCUUGAUGGAGACACCGUGGACUCCAUUACUCCAGACAAAGUGCGAGGUCUAAGAGACAUGCUGAACAGCAGUGCCAUGGACAUUAUGUACUACACAAGCCCUUUGUACAGGGAUGAGAUCACUCGGGGGCUGACCAAAGAGUUGAACCGACUCUACACGCUCUUUUGCGAGCGCAACCCAGAAUUUGCAGAGAAAGGAAAGGUGUCCAUCGUCUCCCACUCACUCGGCUGUGUCAUCACCUUUGACAUCAUGACAGGGUGGGACCCUGUGCGCUUUGUUCAUGAAGAGGUGCCAGAUGCCAUGGAGGCUGAUGUUAGCAGACAAGAACGUCAGCUACUGGAGGAUCUUCGUAACACAUGCUUAAGAAUGAGGGAUUUGGAGGAUAAGCUUCGGCAUUUCCAAACCUCAUCCUCAAGACCCUCUCCAGCCCUGAAAUUCAAGGUGGAGAACUUCUUCUGCAUGGGAUCUCCUCUGGCUGUGUUCUUGGCUUUGCGAGGUGUCCGUCCUGGAACCAACGGAACACAGGACCACAUCCUACCCAAAUCCAUCUGCCAGAGGCUUUUCAACAUCUUCCAUCCCACUGAUCCUGUAGCAUACAGGUUGGAACCUCUCAUCCUGAAGCAUUAUAGUAAUAUAUCGCCUGUCCAAAUUCACUGGUACAACACCACCAGCCCCACACCGUAUGACCAGAUCCGUCCCACUCUACUGAAUCCAUCAAAGGAAAGUGCUUCUGUGUCCGAUACAGAGAGUCUCCCGAGCCCCUGCACCUCCCCUCCGCAGCCCCGCAGACACUACGGCGAGUCUAUCACCAGCCUGGGCAAGGCCAGCAUCAUGGGAGCGGCAAGUAUAGGUAAAGGCAUUGGCGGUAUCCUGUUCUCCAGAUUUUCCCGCUCUAGUGGACAGGUGGGUGGUGUGGAGGAGGAGCCAUCAGACUCUGAAGGAGGGGCUUGUGAGAAAGGGGAAGACGGUCGGCCUCUGGAGUUAGAUGAUAAAGUUGAGGAAAAGACAGAGGAGAAAAUCGAGGAGAAGACAGGAGACACCAGCAUGUCACAAUCAGCCUCUGUCAUUAUGGAUAACUCAUCCUUUGAGCUCGAGAAACGCAUCGACUUCGAGCUGAGGGAGGGCCUGGUGGAGAGCCGCUAUUGGUCAGCGGUGACGUCACACACAGCCUAUUGGUGCUCCCACGAUGUGGCUCUGUUUCUGCUAACGUUCAUGUACAGGCCAAAUGAAGCGAAUGACAUGCCAGAGGACAACCCUGAGUCAUAACAAACACAUAUAUGAACUCUCACACAGCACCACCCGCGAUCACUCCCUUAAUUUAGUUUAGCAGACCUUGUUCACUGUGCAUCAGAGAUCCUGUCCUUGCCUUGUUUUCCCUGAUUUAGAAGCACAUCCAUGGAAGAGACCUACUCUCUCCACUACAUCCCCAGACUAGGAUUGUUCUUAACCUCGAUGAGAUUGUGGUAAUGAUCCUACUUGUCGCAGCUUGGAAAUUCUGACUAUUCACAUCUUGAUAAUUCCCAAAGCAGCAGACUCUUCAUAUUGACUGAUGUGUAUUGACUCAAGUUGUGGUUGUAUAGUAUGACUGACAAAAAUCUGCUGAAUUGGAGGUUCACAAUCAGAAGGGUUUUUUUUUUUUUUUGAGAAGUACAUAAGAUGUGUUUUCUUGCCUAAAAAUACUAGUUUUGAACAUUUUUAUAAAUAUUAUAUGUUUACAUUAUUUCGAUGCUAAAACACAAUCUUGUUGCAUCACUCCUAAAAGUGGCCAAAUAUUGAGUUGAUAGUUGAUGGGAGCAGUGCACAUAGAUAGAUUAAUUCGAAGAGAAUAACCAUUAGUAAACAUAUGGUUCACCCAAAAACAUCAAUUCUGUCAUUAUUUGUUCACCCUCAUGUUGUUCCAAAUUCAUGUGAUGGAACAAAAAGAGAUAUUUUGAAGGAUUGUACUAGUUGCUUUUUUACAUGCAGUUACAUUGAAUGGAGACCAGUGUUAUUUUAGUAUCAUUGAUAUAUUCAUAUUUUGAGUUUUUAUUUAUUUAUUUAUUUGUUUGUUUGUUUUCAUUCUAAUUUAUUUUUUGGUUAACGAUAAUAACUCUGAUGCAAACUGAAGCUUUUAAGCUUGAAAAAUGUUGCAAAACACCACAAGUCAAAAAUAUUCCAAGUCCUCUGAAUUUAAUGUGAAGAACAGAUUGAAAUUUAAGUUGUCAUUCUCUAAAAAUGUUAAUAUUUGCCACAGUCAUGAGUGGAGUAGCAGUGUCUGAUCUUCACUGAUGUAGUUGACAAAAAACCGCCUGAGUGAUUCAAUCAACCGAGCUCAACUCACUGAAUCUUUGAUCCGAUGGUAGUUUUUUAGGAGAACGUUUUUAGUGAAUAACCACUGACCUUUUAAUCUGUUCCCGAAAAUGUUUUCUAGCUUCAGACGACUUGGAACAUAGUUGUAUGGAUCCCUUUCAUGAUCCCUUUUGCACCUUGAAAGCCUCAGUUCCCAUUUAUUGUAACUGGGAAGAUCGACCAGGGCUGCGUUUCUCAAAAGCACCGUAAGCCCAAGUUGAUCAUAGCUCCACUGAUGACAAUGGAUCAACUUAGGCCAGAACAUUCUUCAGAAUUUCUCCUUUUGUCUUCCGUGGAGGUCGUACUGGUUUGGAACAUCAUGGUGGAGGAUCACAGAAUUUUCGUUUCUAGGUGAACUAUUCCAGACAUUUCCAUUCCUUUUCCUUCUUCUCUUUCCAAUAAAUUUGAGGCAUUAGUUUCUCCUCUGCACUCGCAUGAUAGACACUGGAAUCUACUGCAUAUUUGAAUGCACUCUUUGCUAUGAUCACCACUGAAUUAGAGUUUAUGCUUUAACAUGCAUGAAAGACAAAGUCUGGAUGUUUUCCACUGAGGCUGUUAGAAAAACCCUUUACAACUGGAUCUCCUCUUAGUUCUGUCUGAGUUGAAACACUUAACAUUUUUUCAUACGUGGCAUUCUCUGCAGUCGGCAUGUCAAACAUGUUGUUUUCUAAUGUAUUAUAGCACUAAUGAACCGUACAGUCACAAAGACAUUGCCAUUUUAAAUUAAUACCAUCGUUUUUGUGUUACGUCCAUGUUUUCUGUAUUAAUUUUGUAUGAUUUGUUUACAGUAAUCCUGAAAAAAUGACACCCCCAUGCCUUUACGAUGACAAGAGAAAAGCACUUAACAUUUCUCCUUACCUCACCCUUGAAUGUGCCAAUAAACUGAAGAGUGUGAUCUUCAUCAGGCGUCAGAGGGAAACGUCUGCAUUAUGUGCAUAUAUAUCAGAACUGGACUCCAGCGUGUCUGUUCAUGUUUAGCUUCGGUGAACACAGAGCUGUUCCUCUUUUAUGAACCUCGUGUUUUUCAUUAAAAUUGAUAUCGACCGCC